AUGGAGAGAAGGGGUUCUAAACGGGAAGUCAAGCAAGUUCCCAUUGAAACUCGUUUUCAAGAAUUCGGAAAGGAAGUGGUUUUACAUUUGGAAAUGGAGACACUGGAACUAAGGAAGUGGGUGAGUCCUUCAUCUCCCCCAAUUCAGCAUAAGGCUCACUUGCCCUCCGGCGAGUCUCCUUAUGCUCAGGCCAAGAGAGUUCAGGCAAGAACACCCUUUCUUUUCUUUAUUGAAUUGCAGUUGUUGGACAAGAAUCCAAGCAAGGCAAUAUCACUAUUCUGGGCAGCUAUAAACAAUAGAGAUAGAGUUGAUAGUGCAUUGAAAGAUAUGGCAAUGGUUAUGAAGCAAGUGAGUAGGUCUGAAGAAGCUAUUGAGGCGAUAAGAUCUUUUCGGUAUCUAUGUUCCGUUGAAGCUCAAGAUUCUCUUGAUAAUGUUCUUCUGGAUCUCUACAAGAAAUGUGGGAGGUUUAAUGAUCAGAUUGAGCUUCUGAGUAUGAAGUUGAAGCUUAUGGACGAAGGGUUGUGUCUCGGUGGGAGAGCAGUCAAGAUGGGAAGAUUUCCGGCUAAGAAAUUCUAUGUUUCUGAAGAUGAAGAGAAAGCAAGGUUGUUAGGGAAUCUGGCCUGGGCUUACAUGCAAUCAGAGAAUUACAAUGAAGCAGAGAUAAUUUAUAGGUAUAGAUUUACCUGGAAGUGCAGGAGAGCCCUGGAAAUAGAACCAGAUAACAACAGGCAGUGCAACUUGGCUAUUUGCUUGAUUCAAACAGGAAGGAUGAAAGAAGCCAAGGAUAUCCUGCAAGGCGUAAAAAAAUCAUCCAUCAGAUGCAACACUGAAUCAUUCUCUAAAUCCUUCAAGAAGGCUUCUGAAAUGCUGAUGGAACUUGAAAAAAAGGAUGAGUCCUUGAAUCAUAAAUUUCAGAAUGCUGGGAUGAAAACGAAUGGUAUUUUCAAGAAUGCAAGUACUUGUGACUUAUCUGAUGGCAUGUCAUCAGCUUCGCAUGUUGGAAGAUAUCAAGCAGAGUUUUCACCGGUUUCCACCAGUAAUAAUACACCGACAAAUUAUGUUUCUCCUCCAUCUGGUUUCACCAAUCAUGAUCAAGACAAUAAAAAGAUGAACUCUACUCAAGAAGCAUUUUUCACACCAAAACCGCUUAACAGCUGCCCGAAACUUGAGUCUAAAGAGCAUUGUACCGGUCAAAGAUCUUCUGACAGUAUAAGUGAGAACUUUGAGUCCCCUGCGAAGCAUAGAACUACAAGUUAUUGGAAAUCAAGUUCAAAUCAUGGAAGGAAGGAAGUUACAGAAGAAGAUACAACUUCAAAACCUGCUACAUCACCAAUUCUUAGUAAGAAUUUAACAACAAAAGCAUUGCAAAAAUCAGUGAUUAGACAGACUCAAGGAAGAAAGAAACAAAACAAUUCAUCUGAUUCACUGGUCAAAUGUAAUGGGAGAAGUACAAAGGUGUACCAUGAGAAGAACCAGUGUGUGAUCAGAGAAGAUACUCAAAUGACGAAAAUAUUGACUCGGUCUCACAAAACACUACGUGAUGGAGAGACUGAUAGCUGCUUAAAGAAUUCAACAAAUGAGAAUUUGGAUCAAAGUUUUGAAACCUCAGGAGAAGGCAAUCUUAAGAACAACGGCAAGGAGGAAAUUACAAUUAAUACAAUUCAGAUGACUGCUAAUGUGGAUUCUGCUAAAAAUCCAGCAAUAUUUGUUUUGAAACCUCAGCAGAAGGCAAUCAAAAAAAACAACAUCAAGGAGGAAAGUAUUAUUUAUACAGUUCAGAUGUCUGAUAAUGUUGAUUCUGCUGAAAAACCAGCAAUACUUAGUAAUGAGAGAACAUCAUGCGCAGGCCACUCUGCUGAGUGUUACCAAACUAAGUUUAAUGUUCUGAGUCCAGAAACACCAACUACUAAUGCCAUUACAACAACAGUAUCAGAAAAGAAAGAAGAACUUAAUGCUGGCGGUUCAACUACUGAUAAAACAAAGCUGAAGCCUGGUAAAGGAAGGAAAACAUGGGCUGACAUGGUAGAAGAAGAAGAACAAGAAGAACGCUUAACUAAUGAGAAUAAAAACAAUAAAGCAUGCAAUAGUCGCAAGGAAGAGCAAGCAUUCAAAUCCUUAGAUGCUCAGAGGAGAUGGACAGAGUCUGAAGCCUUUGCAGGAGAAGCUAUGAAAACUAUCUUAUCUGAUUCUGGUGCUGAUCUAAAGCUUUUGUUGUCAAAGAAUCACACCAAACUUUUUGGUGAUAAAGAGUCUCAAAGUCGAAGUGGCAUGUCAAAGAGAAGGGAUGGAUCAGCAAGAAGAUGUCUUUCAUUUGGACAACCUCCAUUUCUAUACAGCUUGGAUUCAGAGCCAAAAGACAAGAGGCUUAGCAGACUCAAAGUUUUUCAGGAGAUCACAAGUGGAGAUAGCCUAAGACAGUGUUGA